GUGAGGCGCAGAGAUGGGGCGGCGCCCGGCGCAUUAACCAAUGGAUCGCCUCCGCUGUUUAAAUAGACUUGUAAUGUCAAUCAUUUUCUUCUUCGUCAGCCUCCCUUCAAUCGCCAUAUUGGGCAACUGAGAAAAGGGCUCGUCUUUUCUUGUUUUUGCCGUCGUCUUCUCCGUGUUCGCCCGCUUCUCCCCUCCCUCCCCCAACGACGCGGCAGCUCUGACAUCGGCGAGGUUUGCUGGCGCAGCUUGGAUCGGGGGAUCCGCAGGCUUCGCAUCAGCCUGGAAGUGGGCUCGCAUAGGGGCUUGGCUUGCCCCAUCCUUCGCUCUCCCCAGCGUACACUUGAUCUGCCCGAGACUUUCUGGUGACUAUCGGGGUUCUCUUCCCCCCUCCCCUCUCCCCGGCCUGCGUCUUAUGCAAUUGUUUGGUGUUGUCUCUUCUCGUGGAGCCGAGCUCGAGUGUAAAAAACAAAGGCACGGAAGGAAGGAUUUCAACUUAGCGACAGCCAGCCACCGCCAGAAGAAAGAGGGUGGGGGGAGAUGUCAAACGUACGUAUUUCUAAUGGGAGCCCGACCCUGGAGCGGAUGGAAGCCCGGCAGUCGGAGUAUCCAAAGCCUUCCGCUUGUAGGAACCUCUUUGGGCCGGUGCAUCGUGAAGAGUUAAGCAGAGACUUAAUGAAACAUCGCCAGGACAUGGAAGAGGCAUGUCAAAGGAAAUGGAAUUUUGAUUUCACGAAUCACAUGCCCCUGGCUGGCAGGUUCGAGUGGCAAGCGGUGGAGAAAGGGAGCUCGCCGGAGUUCUACUUCAGGCCCCCCCGACCCCCCAAAGUCGCUUGCAGAUCUGCCCCUCACGAGAGUUUGGAUGUAAAUGGAAACUGCCCAACGGUGAUUGUAGUUGGUUUUCAGGGGAACUCAGAGGACGCUCACUUUGUAGAUCAAAAAACUGAUGUAUCUGAAAAUCACACGGACUUAGCAGAGCAGUGCACUGGGCAAAGAAAACGACCAGCGACGGAUGAUUCCUCUCCUCAGCCUAAAAGAGCCAACACAACAGAAGAAGAGGUUUCAGAAGAACCCCCCAGUGCCAGUUCAGUGGAGCAAACCCCCAAGAAAUCCAGCCCAAGAAGACGUCAAACGUAAACUGUUUAGAAUUAAGAAUAUACAUUUCCUUGUUCAUCGGAUGCCUCAGUGGUUGAUGAAGGGAGGAAGAUGUAAAGUUAUAUAUAUAUAAAUAUAUAUAAAAUUAAAAUACAUAUCGUUGAUUCUCCAUGGGAUGGAGAUCCUGUACAAGCACUGAAAAAAA